AUGACCGACAUCCACCAGAAGAAUGCCUCGAAUUGGCAGUACGAACAACUCUACCGCGUUGGGUACAAGAUUGUCAUUAUGAAGAAGGGCCCGGAGCUAUACAGCCGGAAGAUGCUCGACUUCAUCACCCCCGAUCUUGUCACCACCCUCGCCGAUACCACAACCUCAGUCAACGAGCGCCGCCAACUAGGCCAGGCGUUCCUAAAACUGCUAAGAGACACGUGGAUCGAUCACGAAACCUCGAUGAACAUGGUUGCGGAUAUAUUAAUGUACAUGGACAAGAGUUGCUCCGAGGUCGCAAACUACCCACCUGUAUUCACAACCACGAUUGGCAUGUACCGCGACGGUAUUUUGAAGACCGAAGUUAACGGUAUGAGCAUAAUGGAUCUGUUGGUCUCGGUACUUAUCGACCAGAUCGAGAUGGAGCGCACGGGCGAUAUUAUCGAUCGUGUCCUGAUUAGGAAUUGCAUCGCGAUCUUGGACGGUCUGUAUGAGACGGACCAGGAGCUGAGGCACGAGAGGUUCGCAACGCCUUCUAUCCCAGGGGAUUUCACCGCCUGGGUCCACCACACGCCCGCCAGGUUGCAGGAGGAGAGUCAGCGUUGCCGUACCGCCAUCCACUCCGAAUCCCACGACAAGCUAGUCCAGCUCGUCGUCGACGAACUGGUUAGCAAGCACCUCGAAGAGUUCCUCGCUCUUGACACAGGCCUCCGGUGGCUCGUCAAUAACGACAAAAUGGAGGAGCUCUCUAUCUUGUACACCCUCGCCGGCCCCGAGGACACGAACAAGGAAAAGGUCGUUCGAGUGCUGCAGAGCCACAUUGUCGAGCUCGGACGAGAGAUCCAACGCGUCCUGCAGGCGACCGACUUUUCUGCCCCUGCCGCUCCCGCUCAGGGAGAGGACGACAAGGGCGACGAAGCUGGCGGCGCCAGUCGCUCCAAGCCAGCGCAGCUGACGGCCUCGGCUCAGCAAACGGCCGCGGCCAUCAAGUGGGUCGACGAUGUGUUGAGUCUCAAGGAUAAGUUCGACAAGAUAUGGUCCGAAUGUUUCCAAGGGGACCUCUCUAUACAGACCGCCAUCACCAAGAGUUUUUCUUCUUUUAUCAAUUCAUUUGAUCGUUCCUCCGAAUACGUCUCACUCUUCGUUGACGACAGCUUACGCAGGGGCAUCCGUGACAAGACGGAGGCUGAAGUCGACACUAUCCUCGAAAAGGCCAUUGCCCUCAUCCGCUAUCUCCUAGACAUGGACAUGUUUGAACGCUACUACCAGAGGCAUCUAGCUCGCCGCCUCCUGCACUCCAAGUCAGAAAGUCAUGAGGUCGAAAAGCAGCUCAUCUUGCGAAUGAAGCAAGAGUUUGGUAACCAGUUUGCCUUCAAGUUUGAGGGCAUGCUUCGAGACUUGGAUACUUCGGCCGAGUUCACCGCAAAUUACCGUGACCAGAUGCGCACAAUGGAAGAGGAUGCAAGCAAGAUUGACAUCUCUGUCAGCAUCCUCACGACCAACAAUUGGCCCUCCGAGGUCAUGGGACGUUCGACCCAGAUUGGGAGCGGCGACGUCGUCCCAUGCACCUAUCCCGAAGAUAUCCGGAAGCUGCAGGAUAGCGUCAAGCAGCAUUAUCUCCAGAAUCGUAUCGGUAGGAAGCUUACCUGGGUGGGCACCCUCGGCUCCGCAGAUAUACGGUGCACAUUUCCUCCCAUUCCGGGCAAGUCCGGUGUCCUAGCACGUGAGAGGCGGUACGAGAUCAAUGUAGCCACAUACGGCAUGAUUGUGCUGAUGCUGUUCAAUGACCUUGACGAUGGCGAAUCGCUCUUAUUCGAGGAAAUACAAGCGAAGACCAACAUACCAGUCGCCGAUCUCGCGAGGACCCUCACGUCACUCAGCGUAGUUCCAAAAUGCCGAGUCCUUGUAAAGGACCCUGCGAACAAGACGGUAAAGCCCGGAGACCGCUUCAAGUUCAACAACACCUUUGCGAGCAAGACCAUCAAGAUCAAGGCUCCCACCAUCACGUCAGUCUCCAAGGUCGAGGGUGAGGAGGAAAGAAAGACAACAACUGCCAAGGCAGACCAGACUAGAUCGCAUUUGAUCGAUGCCGCCGUUGUCCGAAUCAUGAAGCAACGAAAGCAGCUGAUGCACACUCAGCUCAUUACAGAAGUUCUGGACCAACUUGUUGGCCGAUUCAAGCCGGAGCUUCCCAUGAUCAAGCGGCGCAUCGAGGAUCUGAUCGCCCGUGAUUACUUGGAGCGCGUGGAGGAAGCAUCGGCUCCCACCUAUCGCUAUCUAGCUUAA